AUGUUCGCCAUAUACACGAGGCGUAAGGGCAACCGCUCGAGAUUGGACGUCCAGCUUUCUGACCUCCUGCGCGAGACUAUGAGACGCAAGGCGACCGAGCCGGAAGAUCGCAUCUUCGCGCUACUCGGGAUCAUGGAGCAUGAAGGAAUUACGUAUCCGUCGCGGCUUCUUGGAAUGGAGAAGGGUCAGCAGGCUUUCACCAUGUUCACUCGAAUCAUGAUUGCGCAGGAUGGUGACCUUCAUGCUCUGAGCGUUGUUGGACCACCAGCCAAGAGCUGUAAUCGACCGGAUGACCGUGAUACACUAAGUGCUGUUGGACCACGGACUGAGAGCACCGAUCGACUGUCAUGCGCUUCGAGUCCGAGUAAGAGCAGCGAUCGACCGUCAUGGGCUAUGAGUCCGACAGGAUUUGAUAACCUACCAGCUCCACUUCUUGCCGGUGGCAUACAAUCAUCAUCGGAAAAGCGCGGAGCAACGGGCAAGACGAGGGCCAUGAUGCUGCGCUCUGUUCCGAACAGUGAAAAACCUGCUUCGGACAGUGACAAAGAGCUUCGGUUGCGAGGCAUGCGAAGAGGUCAAAUCAUUCGACUUGUGAAUCUUCACGAGAGUUGGCAGAGGAUUCCGAGCUCUCCACACAGCUGGUGUGGUCUUAUGGGCCGGCUUGAGCGCCUUGUGGGGGAAUUAAUGCUGCCGGGAACGCAGGGAGCCAGCCGGAAAGCCGUUCUGCUUGGUGUCGUGGCAAAGAUGCUUGUCAGGGAGCUCUUCACCCUUGGACGCCCCGGGGACCGCCGUGAUGUUGGGUCGACGGACGUCGCGGCCACCGGCCUUUACUACAGAUUCAAGGCGUCCAGCUCAUCAGGCGCCGCACUGAAAGGUUCGGUCAACGCGAAAAAAGAUGCGGAGAUUCUCUACGAGAUGGCUAUGAAAGCCUUCCGUUUCGAGACAGCAGAGGCCUCUGCUCAUCGCUUGUCGUUGUGCAGUGGCAUCAUGGGCACCGAACUGAUAAGCUGGUUAGAUGUGACACUUUCACAAGACCUUGCACGUGAGGUGGACUUCACGUGCAGGAAUAUGAACAUGGCGGUGACGGCAAAUGGUCAGGUGGCGCUUGUGUAUCCAGGGGUACAAGUCGGUGACGAGGUCGUACUGUUGAUGGGGGGCUUCUUGCCUUUCAUCUUACGCCCAACUGUCCCGAGCUGGCAACUCGAGACCGAGCAGAGGUGGCAACUACUCGGCGAGGCGAACUUGGAAGGGUGUCUGGACGGAAAGACUGCUGAUAGAUGCGAGGAGCUGUGCAAGGUCGAGGCACAAGGCUCGAGUCCACAGGAGUUGGAGAUUUCCUGCUUGACUUAG